AUGCUCGCACAGGACAUCGGUGCGGAGAUAUUUGUCACAGUUGGAAAUGACCUGAAGAGAGAAUUCCUGCAGACACAGUACAAGAUCAGCAAUGAUCCAUCUUCUCGAAUCGUUCAACUGCCUCUUCAGCAGGCAUCGGUGGAGAUGCCACCGGUGCGUGGAGUUAUUCAGGCUGCUAUGGUGCUCAAGGAUUCCGUAAUUGACAACAUGACAUAUUCGGACUUUUCUGCUGCUGUGCGACCCAAAGUCGUAGGCUCGCUGAACUUACAUAAUGCCUUUUUGACGCAGCAUCUGGAUUUCUUCAUUCUCCUCUCUUCUGCGGCAGGGAUUGUCGGUAACUCCGGUCAAGCCAACUAUGCCGCCGGAUGCACAUUCCAGGAUGCCCUCGCACGGUAUCGGGUUCGUCUAGGACUGCCUGCACAUUCUAUUGAUCUUGGGAUGAUCCAGUCCGCUGGGGCAGCGCUUCGAGGUGCAAAGACAAAACAAGACGCAGUUAAGAUCAUCACAGAUACUCUAGUAUUACGUUUACAGCAACUCCUCACUAUGGGGUCCAAGGAUAUAUCCCAGUCACAGUCAAUUACCGAAUUAGGAGCUGAUUCUUUGGUGGCAGUUGAGCUGCGAAAUUGGAUCAGCAGGGAGAUGGACGCAGAGGUGCAAACGCUAGAGGUUUUACUGGAUACCGACAACAACACCUUCCGCUCAAACCGACCUCCUCGCCAAACCGAGCUCCCCGAUGACCUAGACAGAUACCUUUUGCCGUCGGUUGACCUCCUAAAAAUGCAGUGGGUUCUCCAGCGUCUUGCGGCGAUGAGCGCUGCGUCCGAGGAAGAAUAUGAGUUACUCAAUCCCUAUGAUGAUGAUGAUGAUAACGAUAGUGAUGAUGAUGGCGCCGUACCAUGA